UAUCCAUACAAUGUCUCUCUCUGGUCCCACAAAAAUGUGAACACACACACACACACACUCUGUCUCUCUCGUGGAAGUCGCAGCACUCUCCAUGGCGACCACAGCGCACUCCCUACCCUUUCCACUUCUCAAACUCAAGCCACCCUCUCUCCCCAAAUCACACUUCCGCCGCACGUUCGUUCCCAAGUCCACUUUCAAUGCCUCCCCAAAACGCACCGUUUCGUCCACCACCUUCAGUCCCACGUUCCCACUUAACGGAGCCCGCAAAAGCAGACACGUGGCAGCAAAAUCCUCCGAAGCCGACACAGGAAGCGCUUCCACUCCCACCUCGCUCGGCCAAACCGUGUUUGGGGCGCUCCACUUGGCCGUGUCUCUGGGCCUCAUUCUGGCGGUGGAUAAGUUUCUGAAGAAAGCGUUUGUGGCCGCUGCUAUUAAGUUCCCGAGCGCGUUGUUUGGGAUGUUCUGCAUUUUCUCGGUUCUGGUUAUUCUUGACGCCACCGUGCCCGCUGCGGCUACGGCGGUGAUGGGGUUCUUCGAGCCGGCGUUUAUGUUCAUACAGAGAUGGCUCCCUCUCUUCUAUGUUCCCUCUUUGGUUGUCUUGCCCCUCGCCGUUAAAGACGUUCCCGCUGUAUGUUAA